AUGGUUACCCUUACCGAAGUCGAGGACGAGCACUUCCAGGAGCACCCUGGUGCCCAGUACGAGGACGAUGAGGACUACACGGAUACCGAGUCUGAAAUCUCCAACGACUCCGAUUUUGAUGCCACCGACGAGACCUUCGCCGAGCGCCUCUACGCCCUCCGCGACAUCGUACCCCCCAAGACCCGCGGCUGGAUCGCCGACAGCGCGAGCUCCAUCUCCAACCGUGCCUGGAGCGUCAUGUCCUUUGGCGGCAAGAGCGCAUGGGUCAUAACCACCUCCAUUCUCUUCCUCGGCGUUCCCUUUGCGCUGUCCUUCCACGAGGACCUGCAAUACGCCGCCAUGGAGCAAGAGUACAACAUGCGCCAGAGCGGCGGCGAUAUGCUGACGGGCGGCGCCGAGGACCAGAGCACCGCUGACAAGGUCGGCGCUGCUCUUGCCGCCGAGGGCCAGGCCAAGCCUGCGCUGUAA